AUGUCGUGUUCUAAAGAAGAAAUCGAAAGAAAACGCCUGGCUGCGCUUCAGAAACGACAAAACCUGCUUGCUAAUCGAAAUACUCCUGUAAAACCAAACCCUACGCAAAGUACUCAAUGCAGGAGUCCGCUACCCUCGUCAUCAAAUAGUGGUUUUAAAUCGUUUACUAGUUAUUCAAAUAGAAGUCAUCCUUACGCUAAACCUAAUGUUCAAGGUAGUAGUGUUCAAGAGAAUAAUGUUCCUGUGGGCAAAGUGGUCAGUGGAACUGUGUACCUGAUCUCAGAAGACAGGUUUGAAGUGAACCCAUCAGAGUUUUGUACACCUCUCAUAAAUAUAUUCAAAAGUUUGCCUUCUAAGAGUUAUGAUUCAAAAUCAAAGUUGUGGAAUUUUUCAAUCAAUGAUUAUCAGCAGCUGAUGUCUAAAGUGGCUCCAUUGGCACCUCAUGUAGUGUUAGGCCCAAUCCCACCGUAUGUACUAAGGGUAUUGCGAGAGGAUGCCAUGGACCCCAGUACUGUAGACUUGACUCCUAUUGAAGUCACCUUAAGACAUAAACUCAUGCCAUUCCAGGAAGAAGGAGUAAGGUUUGGUAUAUCCCGGCGAGGUCGCUGCAUGAUAGCGGAUGACAUGGGGCUAGGGAAGACCUUCCAAGCGCUUGCCAUCGCCAGCUACUACAGACACAACUGGCCACUGCUCAUUGUAACCACGUCUUCUAUGAGGUUUACAUGGCAGUCCAAGAUACAGGAGUUGCUCCCCUCAGUUCCCAUGAUGAAUGUAGCCACACUCACUAGUGGCAAGGAUACUCAACUUGUUGCAGAUAAGCAGACUGAAGUGGUGAUAGUGAGUUACAAGAUCACCAGCAUGUAUACAGAUUUGCUGAAGAGUAAGAAGUUUGGAGUGGUUAUUAUAGAUGAAUCUCAUUACCUAAAGUCCCACAAGGCGCAGUGUACCGUGGCGCUGGGCAGUAUCACGCGGCAGUGCACGCGCGCCGUGCUACUCAGUGGCACGCCCGCGCUCAGCAGGCCGGCCGAGCUGUACACUCAACUGGCACUCAUAGAGCCUGGCUUCUUCACCUCGUAUACUGAGUAUGGUAAAAGAUACUGCGACGGUAAGCAAACGAACUUUGGCUGGGAUAUGACGGGCCAGUCCAACCUGACUGAGCUGCAGAUCAUACUACAGAAGCGGUUCCUCAUCAGACGGACAAAGGAACAGGUGCUCACUAAGCUGGAGGGGAAGACUAGAGAGACAGUUCUCCUGGAUCCAUCACUGCUAGACUACAGCCAGGACACGGAGAAAGGACUCUCAGAGAUGGCGGAGGCUUACAAGGCCAGUAAGUCAUCCGACAAACACGCCGCACUCAUUACUUACUUCAGCGAGUCUGCUAAGGUCAAGAUACCCGCUGUAUGUAAAUACAUCCGCUCGCUGGUAGUGUCGCAGCCCGCGAGCAAGUUCCUGGUGUUCGCGCACCACCGCGGCGUCAUCGACGCGGUGUGCGGCACCCUGGACGCGGCGGCCGCGCCAUACAUCUGCAUCGUCGGCUCCACGCCCGCGCAUGCCAGGGCUGAGUUAGUGGACAAGUUCCAGCACAGCCCGUCGUGUCGCUGCGCCGUGCUGUCCAUCACGGCGGCCAACUCCGGCAUCACGCUCACUGCCGCCAACCUCGUACUCUUCGCGGAGCUGCACUGGAACCCAGGGAUCCUGACGCAGGCGGAGUCCCGCGCGCACCGUAUAGGCCAGGCGGGCGCAGUCUGCGUGCGGUACUUGUUGGCCGCGCGGACUGCGGACGACUACAUGUGGCCCAUGUUGCAGAGUAAACUCAAUGUUCUCAACAACGUAGGAUUAAGUAGAGAUACAUUCGAAGAUAGCACGUUAAUACAUCAAGAACCAAAAAACAAUAUUUCACAGUACCUCGCACCGAAUACAACAAAGAACAAAAACGACUAUAUUCCAGGUACAAAUAUUAGGAAGGAUUCAAUGAAAGACAAUGGAAACACCUCAAUGGAUCAGGUGGACGGAGGUAAGGAAUCUAAUGGGGAUGACGUAGACAGAUCCUUCUUAGAUGACGAUGAAGAUGAUGAAUUAUUGGCCAACUUAGAUCUAUAA